AUUAAUAAAGAAAACACAGAAUACUAAGACCAGGGCGUGACAACAACACCUAAUUCAAUGAAAUUAACUUGAAAUAGAGGUUGACUUGACAUAGUACAUUUCUCAACUGUUAGCUUAAAAAAUGAUGACUAAUUAAUAGAUUAUGCACCCCACUAUUCAUGACAACAAAUGCUUGAUGUGGUGUUAGCCAGACAUUUCAAAGGAGUGAAAUAAAUUUUCAUUUCAACACCAGCUCAGUAUCUAUGGGCAGAGGCUGUUGUUGAUGUGAGCUUCCUGCUACCUCAUGUUUUGUUUCCUGUUGCAGCCUGGGCUUUGGGCUCUGGCACCUGCUCAGAAAAACCAUUCUCUGUCUGACCGACACAUUAGGAUAGAGUCCAGAUAUCUAAAAGAGGGAGGGAGAAAGAGGGAGAAAGUUUCCAAGUUGAAAUUCUAGAGUAGCUGAUUCACGCCCAGGCAGUGUCAUAACGAUGAAUUCCGGUCUUUGGCCAUUGUUGAAGUGUUGGUUGGUGUAUAUAUAUGUAUGCACAGAGUACCAGAGAGCAGUAUCAUUUCAUCCACUGGAUCAGACUAGAAACAUAUCCUUUGGAGAUUUACCUGCAAAAGAGCAUCACAUUUUAAUCUUACAAUGGACUUCUGCUCUGCAUCACAGCAAGCCAGAAGCCCCAGCUCAUGGAUCACCCUCUUCCUCCUGUACACAGUUGUCACCAUGUGCACUAGAGUAGAGGGCUGGUCCUACCAUCACUCCAACAAAACUAUGAACUGGGACACUGCUAGAAAGUGGUGCACGGAGCACUACACUGACAUGGUGGCAAUCCAGAACCGUGGAGAGAUCUCCCACCUUAACAGCAUCCUGCCCAGGCAGACCAACUAUUACUGGAUAGGGAUCCGUAAGGUGGACGACGUGUGGACCUGGGUGGGGACCAAUAAGAUCCUGACUAAAGAGGCAGAGAACUGGGCAGACGGGGAACCCAACAACGGGGGGAACAACGAGGACUGUGUGGAGAUGUACAUCAAGAGACAGGUGGACACAGGGAAGUGGAACGACGAGUCUUGUAUGAAGAAGAAGACGGCUCUGUGCUUCACAGCCUCGUGUCAGAGCGACUCAUGUUACCAUGGAGAGUGUGUGGAGACCAUCAACAGCCACCACUGUAAAUGCUCUGAGGGCUUCUACGGAGAGCAGUGUGAACACGUUGUUGAAUGUAAGAUGGAGGAGGUCACUGUCCCUGCUAAAGCCAGUGUCAGUUGCUCUCACCCCAAUGGGAAUUUCUCCUUUGACUCGACGUGUCAGUAUUCCUGUGAAGAGGGGUACCGGCUGAGCAGCUCCGGGCCUAUGAGAUGCACAGGCUCAGAAUCAUGGUCAGAACAGCCUCCCACCUGUGAAUUGGUCUUAUGCAGUGAGCUGUAUGAACCUGGGAAGGGUUCCAUGGCCUGCUCCCAUCCCCUGGGCUCCUUCAGCUACCUGUCCACCUGUACCUUUACCUGUGAGGAGGGCUAUGAGAGGCUGGCCUCCAGCUCUACUACCCUGCAGUGUGGAGCCUCGGGACAGUGGAACGACUCACAGCCGCAGUGUAUUGCUGUAAGCUGCCCUACCCUCCAGCAGCCACAGGAUGGCGCUAUCAGCUGUGGAGAAGACUUCACCUUCGGAAGCAGCUGUAACUUUAGCUGCUCUGAGGGUUAUAUCCUCAAGGGGGCGAUCACAGUGACCUGCACAUCAGCUGCUGAGUGGAGUGAGGAGAUACCACACUGUGAAGUGGUCUUAUGCAGUGAGCUGUAUGAACCUGGGAAGGGUUCCAUGGCCUGCUCCCAUCCCCUGGGCUCCUUCAGCUACCUGUCCACCUGUACCUUUACCUGUGAGGAGGGCUAUGAGAGGCUGGCCUACAGCUCUGCUACCCUGCAGUGUGGAGCCUCGGGACAGUGGAACGACUCACAGCCACAGUGUGUUGCUGUAAGCUGCCCCACCCUCCAGCAGCCACUGGAUGGCGCUAUCAGCUGUGGAGAAGACUUCACCUUUGGAAGCAGCUGUAACUUUAGCUGCUCUGAGGGUUAUCUCCUCAAGGGGGCGAUCACAGUGACCUGCACAUCAGCUGCUGAGUGGAGUGAGGAGAUACCACACUGUGAAGCUGUCCAGUGCCCCUCUCCUGUGGUUCCUCUGGGGGGUCAAGUCAGCUGUGAGGCCCCCUCACAUCCCUGGGGCUCUGUCUGCAACUUCAGCUGUGAUGAGGGCUACGAUCACCAGGGGGCCCCAAACAUGCAGUGUUCACGGUCAGGGGAGUGGAGCGCUGAAACACCUACCUGCACAGCCACACCUGAGCCUCCAUUGAACUGCACUAUCCUAUGCCUGGCAGCAUGGGGCGCUGUGUCAUUAUUUGUCCUGUUUCUGGCCGCGUGGCUCUGCAAACGAAACAGACAGAAAGCUAACAAGUUUGAUCUGAACAGCACCUCAGACAUUGAGCAUCCUUUACAGACCUACAGGAACAGCAUCGAAAGCCUGAUAUAGAGACCAACAACAAUAACAGCAGGAACAACAGCAGGAACAACAGCAGGAACAACGGCAGGAACAACAGUCGGAA